AUCUCCUUUGCAGUCCAUUUUCUUCACAUCGAGAUCGAAUUUCUUUCUAGAGAGAUUCUGACUCUAGAGAGAUUCUGACUCAAGUUUAUCUAUCCAAAUCGGUUUUUCUUAUUCUCGAUUUAGGUCACAUACCUCAAUCGGUUCAUAUUCUUAUUCUCGAUCAAGGUUUGCGAUUUCAGCGCGAUUUGAAUCAUUCUCGAAAUUUCGAUUCAGCUUCUCGAUUUCGAUCUCAAUUUUGGUGCUAGAGUAUCUGGCUGUGGGCAAGAUACUGACAUUUGAACAUAUCAAUGGUGGUCUCCCAUGUCAUGGAAUGGAGAGGAAGGGGGAGAAUGAACAUGAUGGUCAUUCAGCCUAUGGAAGUAGAACUGUUAGGGAACCUAGAGUUGUAGUUCAAACUACAAGCGAAAUCGAUAUUCUUGAUGAUGGCUACGGAUGGAGGAAAUAUGGACAGAAAGUAGUUAAAGGAAAUCCAAAUGCAAGGAGUUAUUACAAAUGCACAGCCCCUGGUUGUUCAGUGAGGAAACAUGUUGAGCGAGCCGCGACUGAUAUAAAAUCAGUGAUCACAACUUAUGAAGGGAAACACAACCAUGAUGUGCCUGCAGCACGCGGCAGCGCAGGUUACAACAUGAACAGAAACUCUCUAAAUAGAAACAAUAGCAGUGCACCGGCGGCACCAAUAAGGCCUGCGGCCGUGAAUGGUUAUUCUAGCGCGCCGAAUUUCACGAAUUCACUUUACAAUCCUAGGCUUCCGGCCACCGGAACUCAAGAAUCAUCUUCCCUAGACAUGCUGCAAGGCUCUGGACUCUUCGGCUACACGUCUCUUGGAAGAUCAAUGGGUUCAUAUGGAAACAAUUCGCAACUUUCGGAUGGUGUAUACAUCAAGGCCAAGGAUGAAAGGAAGGAUGACUCAUUCCUUGAGUCAUUUCUUUCAAAGAACUAAGUUUGGAAUACACCACUUUGCAGAUGCUAUCAUGGACAUGUUUUUGUAUAGCAUAUAGGAUCUUAGUUACUCAUAGCAAAAGACAGAAACAGAUAAAGAAGCAAGAAUGUUUACAUGUAUUAGAUUAGAGACAUAGUGAUAGGAAAGUUUGACCAGAAGAAGGUUCUUUAAUCAGCUUUGUUGGCUGAUGAAUACUUUUAUUCUUUUGUUGUAUUUGUUUCACAGAAAGAAAGCAAAAAAGGUUUCUUUUAUAAGAUUCUAA